CUCCUUUAAGCAGGUCGCGAACUCUGACCUCCUGUAGCUGUAGUGAGCCGUCAGAUUAUGAUUAUUUCUCAAAACAUCGUCAUAUUUGGAUAACUACGGACGCUACCGGGGAGUGUUACAGACGUAACACAAUACAUCUGAUUUUCCGUAAAGCUUCUUUGGAACCAGGGGUGGACUGGCAAUUGGGAGAACUGGGACCUUUCCCGAAGGGCCGGCCACGAAACGGGGCCGAAUGGGCCACGAUAAGCUGAAAUGGGCCUCCGCGUUAUGCAGAACGGGCCACAAAAUGGUGCCGCGAUAUGCUGGAGGGGGAAGCAAUAUGCAGAAAAGGACAGCGACAGCCAGUUUCUAUGUAAAAUCCCUGGCCGAUUUCUAUUCCCCGUCCGCCCCUGUUUGGAACAAUAUUUGAGCAUGUGGCUGAUGGGGCGUUGUGUCUGAGCCACUCAUUUGACAGAUCGGUAUCAUGGAGGGAGAAAGGCCCAGAAUACAGCUGGUGUCUGCAGAUGGAGGCCUACAGAUUGUGACGGCACAGCAGUUGGCACAGAAAGUGCAGAUCGUCACAACGAUUGAUCAGGGAGGAGCCAGCAAGCAACAGUUUAUUUUGGCUAACCUAGAUUAUCCCAACCAGGAGAAACUUUUCAUCAAACAAGAGAACUCCCCUGCCAAGGUCAUCUUAACCUCUGCGGCAGGUUCAGCUGUCAAUCAACUGCUUUUUGCAUCACCUGAACUGACAGGACAACAGAUCCAGUUUGUGACAGAGGGUUCAGAGCAGGGCACUCCAAAACCAGCAGUGGAGUAUUGUGUAGUUUGUGGAGACAAAGCCUCAGGCCGUCACUAUGGAGCAGUGAGCUGUGAGGGCUGUAAGGGUUUCUUCAAGCGCAGCAUCAGAAAGAAUCUGGUGUACACAUGUCGUGGGUCUGGAGAGUGUGUUAUCAACAAACACCAUCGCAACCGCUGUCAAUACUGCAGACUGCAGCGCUGCAUGGCUCUUGGCAUGAAACAAGACUCUGUGCAGUGUGAGAGGAAGCCAGUGGAAGUGUUGAGGGAGAAGCCAGCCAACUGUGCACCCUCUAUUGAGAAGAUUUACAUUCGUAAAAAUCUCUGCAGCCCUCUCGCAGCCAUGCCAACGUUUGUGAGUGAUAAAGAGACCACCCGAUCCAACAGUUUACUGGACUCCAACAUGCUUUUGAACAUCCAGCAUUCUCUGUCCAAACUCGACAAAACAAUUGUAAUUCCUUCUUCACCAGAUCAGAAUGAUUCCAAUCAGGGAGAUCUGGGGACUCUUGCAAACGUGGUCACAUCUCUGGGACACAUCAACAAAGGUCGUGAGAUGAUGGACUACAGUACAGACCUAUCAGGGAUCGAGACCAUGAGUAGCAAUGACAGUGUUAUAACAGAUGAACAGCGGGAUGAGCAGAAUGGCAUCACACGGGCCUUUGACACACUCACAAAGGUGCUCCUGCCAGAAGAGGGUUGUGGGGAAGAGCUGGCAGAGGAUGAUGUUGCUGUAAGGGUUGAUGAACAAAGUGCCACCCUGCUGGAACUAGAAGGACCGCUGCUCUCGGACAUGCAUGUCCCCUUUAAGUUGAUGAUGCCGUUACCCAUGCCAGACUUCCUGAAUCUGAACUACAUCUGUGAAUCAGCAUCUCGUCUGCUGUUCCUCUCCAUGCACUGGGUGCGCUCCAUCCCUGCUUUCCAAGCACUCGGCUCAGAGAAUGGCAUCACACUGAUGAAGGCUUGCUGGAAUGAGUUGUUUGCUUUGGGUCUGGCUCAGUGUUCACACAUUAUGAAUGUAGAGACGAUCCUCACAGCAAUAAUCAACCACUUACAGACCAGCCUGGAGGAAGAAAAACUGUCUCCAGAGCGGGUGAAGCAGGUGAUGGAGCACAUCUGGCGUAUGCAGGAGUUUUGUAACAGUAUGAGCCGCAUGAGUCCUGACGCCUAUGAGUAUGCUUACCUCAAAGCUGUGGCUCUCUUCAGCCCGGAUCACUCUGGAGUGGACAGCACCCUUCAGAUAGAGCGUUUUCAGGAGAAAGCUCACAUGGAACUACAGGACUACGUGAGCAAAGUUUAUCCAGAGGACACAUAUCGUUUGUCAAAGCUAUUAGUUCGUCUACCGGCCCUGCGGCUCAUGAGCGCCGCACUAACUGAAGAGCUCUUUUUCGCCGGCCUCAUCGGGAAUGUCCAGAUCGACAGCAUCAUUCCCUACAUACUCAAAAUGGAGUCCACCGACUACAAUAGCCAGCCAAUCAGCACCAACGAGUGACUGAAGCCCCACCCACAGCCUCACCAGUCAACUUCAAGAUAUCAUUGCCUCAAAAAUGGGACCACUAUGUCCCUUUACGCAGAACCCUUUGGGCCAAAAAAUAAGCAGUAUAAAGUCAUAUGAACCAUUUGCAAUGAAGACAAUACUCUGCAUAGUUCGUCAGAGUAUGGAUUGUGUCUACAGGUUUAUGUGUUAUGGAUAAAGGGAAAUUGCUUUGUGGUUUGAUGGUUUUGGCUUUUAUUGUAUCAGUGUCCUUAUAUUUUUAAAAGUGUCCAUAAAGACAUAGGAAGUGCAAAGAACUUCUUUCUGAGAACUUUCCCCCAAAGCACUGACUUUCUCUGUAUGUAAAUGAAUUGUGUAAAUAGGAACAAUAAAUGUCAAAUCAAGGGAAAAAAUGUCAGCAUUUGAUAUUUGUUUGCAUGGAGACUAAUGAACAAAUUAAGUGUAAUAAACGGUAGGUACACAGUCAUAGAUAACCUGGAAAUGUCUUAUGUCAA